AAGUUGGCGCUGAGAUUUCUCAUUCCAAAUCGUGCCUAUAAUUUUGUUCAGUUGAGCAAAAAAUGCCACGCACCAAAGUGCCUAAGAAACGUACACGCUACCAGGUGCGUCUGGAGGCGGAAAUCGCAGAGCGUCAACGUCUCGCUGGUGUCAAGCUGGACGCAGCGCUGCAGAAGAUCGAUGAGCUGGGCAAGCACAGCAAGCAGCAGGUGGACAAUCAAUUGCAGCUGUUGAUGGCUCGCAUGCCGCAGCAAAUGCUGCAGAUGAAAUGGAACGAUCUUUACAAGCUGCAGCUACAACGCUUUGAGCAUUUUCAGUUCAAAUCUCCAGCUCCUCCGCCAACUCGACGUAGUCACUCCAAUUGUUCCCGGGGACGUCUACGCACUCCACAAUCUUCUCGCAGCCAAGUGCAGUCCGUGGACAGAGCGGGCGCCAUGCUUAAGCGCGACGACAAUUUGCCAGCCUUCACCUUACUCCGCUGGCCCAAACCCGGCGAACUGGCGCUCUCCACAGGCGGCAGUCCACUGGCUGUGCAAACCUUUCCAGAUCGCUGUGCCAACGUGCAUAUUCCCACCAAAGUGGGCGUCCUUAAGUUGGAGGCCCAGAAAUUGGCGAAUGUGAAACGUGAGGUGCUCCAGCAGCUGGAUGCGUCCACAUUGAAUCAAAUCAAGACAUUGAGCUCCAAUCUGCACAAGAUUGUCGAUAUUGCCACCAAAAUACAAGCCAGCAAAAAAUAGUUUACAAUUGCUAAAGUUCAUUUACACUUUGAGCAUUAACUGCCAUUGUUCAUUUUAUCAAUAAUUG